AUGCCACCCUUCACAGUGAUGAUCCGUUCCAAGUUGAACGAGCUGAUGUCGUUGAUGCUGGACACGGUGAUUUUAGUGUCUGUCUCCUGCAUGAUGCGCUUGAUCGUGUUGCCGCCCUUGCCGAUGAUGCGACCGAUUAGAUGUAACAUCAUGUCCUCAAUUACAGCUCAACCAUCAACCUCUAAACAUGCUGAUCUUCCGUCUUCUUCUGAAGAAGCUGGACACAUAAGAAAAAAGCAAAAAAAUCAUUAAGUCCUAUUCUCAGAAAUAUACCGCUGCAUGGGAACAAGAACAGCAAGAAAGGGUCCAAUUAUGCAUGCUGCAAGGCAUGCAAUAAAGAUUUUAUAUGUGGCAAAUCCUAAAUCCAGAAACAUUUUUCAGGAAAACAACACACCAAAUUUGUAAAAUCAUUAACCACACAGAAAACUUUUACUGAUAUGACAUCUUAUAUAGAAAAAAUAUCUUUAAAUAACAAAACCAAAACUGCUGAAAUUCGAAUUGCAGCAUAUGCAGCUGAACAUAACAUUUAAUUUAAUACUUCAGACCAUUUAUCAGAAAUUAUUAGAAUAUCAUUUGACGAUUCAGAGAUUGCUAAAAAUUUCACAUGUUCUCGCACCAAAGCUACAGCUCAAUAAUGUUUUAGGGCAGUACAGUUUUUAAUAUUCUAUUAAUUUAUUACAAACCAAUAAAUUUUCAUUACUUGCUGAUGAAUCUACCGAUUAAAAAUUAAACAUCUAGCUUUAGUGUAACGUAUUUUUUAUGAACAUAAAAUUACUGACUUGUUCUUUGGUAUAUAGCCUGUAGCAGAUGCAACGGCAGAAGGUCUUUACAACACUAUUGUAAAUUAUUUUUUAAA